UUCCAAACACAGCCAAUUUAUGAACAGUUGUUAGCCAUAUUUUGGGAGCAAGUCAUCUCCUUUUCCCCAGUCAGAGCUAUUAUGGUACGACUAUUAAUGCACCAGGUACAACACCCCACUCGAGUCCUUGUGAUGACAGUAGCCAACUACACCUGGAAAUAUCAGGUAUAAACCCCGCUUUGAAGACGUUGAACGUCGGACAGACACCGGCACACUUGGCGUCGAAAACCCAACACCACCAGAAGGAGCAAGGCGACGACGGGGGACGAGGACGAUGAAUAUGUAUGGAGGACACCACGAUUACUCGCUCUACCUAUUCGAUUUGGGCGCCACCGAUCCUACUCUCAUCGAAUCUCUAGCUCUCCAUCCCACAAGACGACACAGUUUCGAUGAGAACAACAAGAGUAGGGGUAGUCCGCCCCCGAACCAGCACCGACACGACGGUACUUCGCCGCUCCCAUUAGGCAUGGAUUGGAGCCCUCCCCCUCGCAUUUGGGAAGGACGGAACUCUGUUUGGCCACACGACUUUCGUACAGGGUGGAGCUAUUGCGUCACAGUUCCUUCUUGGACUAUCAUACCAAAAGGCAGAGGUUUAGAUCCUACUGUGUUCUACAGGGUCCAAGUUGGUAUCCAGUCACCAGAAGGAUCUACUACUUUACGAGGAAUAUUAAGAAGAUUUAGCGAUUUCUUGAAGCUAUAUUCUGAUCUUAAAAGGGCAUUUCCCAAGAAAAAGUUGCCCCCAGCUCCAUCCAAAGGGCUUUUGAGGACAAAAAGCAAGGAGCUGAUAGAGGAACGUAGGUGUUCUUUGGGGGAUUGGAUUGAAAAGUUGCUGUCUGAUAUUGAUUUGUCGAGGAGUUUUCCUGUUGCGGUCUUUCUUGAGCUUGAAGCGGCUGCAAGGUCGUCAUUCUAUGAGGCAAAUCAGAGUGCUUCAGAUGCAAAUUCACCUGCUACUUUUUUUGUUCCCGCCGAUCAAAUUUUGAACUAUUCAGAUGGUUCUUUAGUUACUGGUUCAUCAUUUGCAUCAGAUUAUGGGAAUGAUUCUAGUUACAAGGCAUCUGAGCUUGGGACAGCAAGGCAUGGAAUGGAAAUUCACCAUGAACUUGGCAUGGGUAAUGCAUCAUAUGAACCAGAAAUCACCAGUGCAGCAAUAGCGAGUGUCGAGGAUGGCGGGUUCUCUGUGAAUAAUUUGAGGCCUUCAAAGAAGCCUAUUGAAGGGAAUGAAAAAGGUUUCCAUCAUAACAUGACGUUGAUUGACAAGGAUACUGUGACAGACCACCACAUGCUUAAAACAGGUGCUUCACAGUUUAUAGCUAAUAACGAAGACAAAAUGGAACCUCUUUCUGGAACUCAAAAUCUGAGCAAUGCUAGGACACUAUCGGGAGAUAGUAUUGAAAGUGACGCAAGUUCUGUAGUGCUUGAACGUCCUGAUGGUUCUGGUGCUGCACAAAUUGAUGUUUUGCUCACAAGCUCAGGACAUGAUGUAUCAAUUGUUCUUCCAACUGAAGAACAGAAUAAGAUGAACAGAAUUCUCAAUACUUUAAAACAAAGGCUAAAUAUAGCAAGGACAGAUGUAGAAGAUCUCACUGCAAGAUUAAGUCAAGAGCUUGCUGUCAGACAAUAUCUUUCAACAAAGGUGAAGGAUUUAGAAACUGAACUUGAAACCAUGAAGCAGACUGGAGAAGAAAGCUUGCAGCAGGCAAUCAUAAAUGAAAGAGAAAGAGUUACUCAAGUGCAAUGGGAUAUGGAGGAACUUAGGAGAAAGUGUAUAGAGAUGGAGUUGAAGUUGAAAAGUGAACAGGAGGAGAAGGGUCUUCUUGAAACAACCAAAAACUCCAUUGUCCUUGACAAUGAUAGGUUGCGGCAGGAAUUGGAUGUUGCCAAGGAGCAGGUUGAGAAUCUCCUAAAACAUCAUGAAGAAUCAGAAACGAAAUCCAAAUUGGACCUAAAGAUCCUUGCUAAGGAAGUCAAGUCUCUUCGAAAUUCUCAGUUAGAGUUGAAGCAGGAUCUUGUUAGGUUGGCAAAUGAAAAGAUUGAAGCAGAGAGGAUUCUUCAGGAGGAAAGGCAAAGAAGGGAACACUCUAAUGCUGCUAAUGCGAAGCUGCUGCAUGAGUGUGAAGUUCUCCGCAGUCGACUUGAAGAGUGCAGUGUUAAUUUCCUAAUUGAAGAAGAAAUUAAACUCUCCAUGGACACUUCAUCUCCUUCUGAAGCAAUUGAUAUAUUGGGUACAUCCGAUAAUCGAAUAGGUCUUCUGCUUGCGGAGGCACAGCUCCUUGCAGAAGACGUUGAGAAUAUCGUCACUUCUGCAAGUUCCAGUACAGCUGGCCGAGCUACAAGAACACGGGAUGAUGAAUUGAGGAAGAUGCUGACAGAUGUGUUCAUCGACAAUGCUAGUUUACGAACCCAAAUUAACUCUAUUCUUCGCUAUGCUCUUGAUAAAUCUCCUGAUAAAUCUGAGAAAGAUGCUGAAGAAACCUCCUCUAGAGAGAGCGUUCUUUCAAAAUUUUUAGAACGGUGAUUUGAUUAAUGUAUAGUCCGGGCCAUCAAUACCAUGCAUAUAUCAGACGCUGAAGACGUCUCCGAGCGUUUCCUGGAUGUGAUAUACUGCUUUCCUGAGCUGUGUAGCAUAUUAGUCAUGAAUAAAUAAGUGAACAAUGCUACUAUCUUGUAAUUACAAAUUGCAGUUCCAGAUGAAUCAUAUGGACUAAUAUGGCAGCUCAUAGUCUGAAUACUUGCUGAAAUGGGGAAUUCAAAUGGUUAGGAACA